AUGCCGCACACGGACCAGGUGCACAGCCACGCAGACACCUCAGUCCCACAUGCGCUGCAGCACGCACAGGCCCCCACCAGAGUCCAGCAGCAGAUACCUGGGGAGGCAGGACCGGAUGGUUCUCAGGAGGGGAACGAUGGUGUCACUGCCUUCCGGGUGAUUGCACCACAGGCCCCUUCCGACCACGUGGCUGCUAGUGCCCCUCUGGGGGUGGUGGUGAGCGGUCUGGUCCUCGCACUCCUGUUCCCAAGCACUGCAGCUGUGGGCAGCUGCUUGAAAGAGUACGACGUGCUCCUCGACCAGCUCCAGAAGCAGACGGAUCUCAUGCAGGACACCAGCAGCCUCCUGGACCCCUACAUACGUAUCCAAGGCCUGGAUGUUCCUAAACUGAGAGAGCACUGCAGGGAGCACCCUGGGGCCUUCCCCAGCGAGGAGGACCUACAGGGCCUGGGCAGGCGGGACUUCCUGCAGACCCUCAAUGCCACACUGGGUCACGUCAUGCACAGACUGGCUGCCUUAGAGCAGCAAUUCCCCAAGGCCCAGGACUUGAAGAGGUCCAGGCUGAACACCGAGGACUUAGAGAAGCUGCAGAUGGCGAGGCCAAAUGUCCUCGGGCUCAGGAACAAUGUCUACUGCAUGGCGCAGCUGCUGGACAUCUCAGACAUGGCUAAGUCCACCACGGCUGGCCGGGGGACCUCCCAGCUGCCUGUCCCUGUCCUGGUCUCAGAUUCUUUUCAGCACAAGCUGGAGGGCUGCCGGUUUCUGCACGGCUACCACCGCUUCAUGCACUCAGUGGGGCGAGUCUUUAGCAAGUGGAGGAAGAGCCCGAGCCGGAGCCGGAGCCGGAGACACAGCCCCUGGCGGGCCCUGCGGAAGGAGGUACACAGGACCAGACCCUCCAGGAGAGGCAAGAGACUCAUGCCCAGGGGGCAGCUGCCCCGGUAGCCUCGGGAGCACCCCUUGCCAGUGAAGGAUGAGGCAGGUGCUCUGCGAAUGAGGAACUGUUGCAGGAUGACGCCUCAGGGCUCUGCAAACCUGUUUCCCUCUACUACUCACCAAUGGGAAGUGCACUUUAAGAGGUGGGAGCUGGGCAGAUCCCUUGUACCUCCUCCAGGCUGGCGGACAGAGUCAGACUGUUGCGCCCCCUGGUUCCAAGUUCCCCAGGCCCAGUGGGGUGGCCGGGCGGGCCACGUGGGGCCAACUUUCCAUUGAUUCAGGGGUCUGAUGACACAGGCUGACUCAUGGCUGGGCUGACUGCCCCCCUGCCUUGCUGCCCGAGGCCAGCUGGUCCUUCCCUCUCAUGACUUGCAGGGACAUUGCCCCCAGACUUCCUCCUUUCCGUGGUUCUGAAGAGGAGGUCACAGCCUGAGCUGGCCUCCUAUGCCUCAUCACAUCCCAAGCCAGACACCUGGAUGUCUGGGUGACCUCACUUUAGGCAGCUGUCACAGCAGUAGGGUGUCCUGGGAGUCCCUAUCCGUGGGUCCAGGGAAUGGAGCUCAGGUCCCAGGCCAGCCCCGAAGUCGCCGUGUGACCUGGGGCAGGUCACUUUACCUCUCUGAACCUGUUUUCUGUUUGUGAAGCUAGGGAGUUAGGUUCACAAAGACGUGUACAAGGCCCCCACCACCUGUCAGUUGCUGGGAUUCCCUGAUGUAGGGUGGAUAUCAAAAUCCCUGUAAAUCGGGACAUAUGGUGCAAAUGGCCCUGGGAGGUGUACAUGGAGCUCUCUGUAGAAGGAGCCCACCUCCCAGCGCCAGGAAGCCCCAGUCUUCAGUCCUCGCUGCUGGCUGCUCCCCCUGGUGGUCGAUCCUGGAAUUUUCUCAUGCAGGAGCCCUUGCCCUUCUAGAGGGGGGUCUCAGAAGCUGUGAGGCCAAUUCCUUGAAGGGACAUGUCUAAUUUAUCGAUUUCUAUCAAUUUUUAUAUCAGUUUUAUAUUUAUAAGGCUUAUUUAUAAUGUAUAUUUAAUGUUAAUAUUGUGCAAACAUAUAUUUAAAACUUGCCUGGUUUCUAAA